AUCUACUUAGAAACAAGAAUAUUAAUAUCUCGAUUUCAUAUCUCCAGCCAGGUAUGGCGUUAAGCUUCACCUGCAAUACCUCAAUCUUAGCUCAACAACAAGUCAGAGUAGGUCUCAAGAGCAAGUACUUAGCUCUAAAAAAUGUCCAAAAUCUGGUAAAGACUGUUGGGAUCCCUUCAAUUGCCUCUUCUCCACACGAGUCCCUCCAAAAUGGCAAUUGGGUCAAGCUCAUUUGUGGUGCAAGCUUUGAGGAUGUGGUUGAUAUCAGAAAUCUUUCUCUUGUUUACACUCUUGCUGGAGUUGAUUGUAUAGAUUGUGCUGCUGAUGCAUCAGUUGUGAGUGCUGUGAAUGAAGGAAUUGAAGUAGCCAGAGAGAUUGUUCCUCUUCGAAAACCUUGGGUGAUGAUCAGUGUUAAUGACGAUGAAGAUCUUCAUUUUCGUAAGGCUGAAUUUGAUCCAGAGGAUUGCCCUGUUGACUGUUCGAAGCCUUGUGAGAAGGUUUGUCCCGCUAAUGCAAUAUCACUGGAAGAUGGAAAAACAUCACAACUAUCCGAUGGCACAAAUGCUCGUGUCGGAUUCAAGGGUGGAGUUCUAACCGAACGAUGUUAUGGAUGUGGCCGUUGCUUUCCAGUAUGUCCAUAUGAUAAAAUAAGUGCUGUUACAUAUAUAAGAGAUGUUGCUGCAACUGCUGAACUUAUUAAAAGAGACGAUGUUGAUGCUCUGGAGAUACAUACCAGUGGAAGGCAGACUUCUCCAUUUAAAGAACUCUGGGAUGGUUUGGAAGAUUCAAUUAGAUUUCUCAAACUGGUUGCGGUUAGCUUACCUGAUAUUGGGGAGACAACCAUUGCUUCUAUGAAUACAAUGUAUUCUAUUAUGGAGCCACAUCUACAUUGCUCAAAUCUGUGGCAAUUGGAUGGCCGCCCAAUGAGUGGAGAUAUUGGUCGAGGCGCCACAAGGGAAACAAUUGCUUUUGCUCUUCGCAUGGCUGCUACUCCAGAAAGGCCUAGCGGUUUUCUUCAGUUGGCUGGUGGCACUAAUGCUCACACAGUAAAUGGAUUAAAAAAAGUUGGACUAUUUCAAAAAUCGUCAUCUCUUUCUGAUAAUUCAAGUGAUGAAAAACUGAAUGAGGCUGGAUCACCUAGCUCUAUGCAACCCCCUGUUGUUGCUGGUGUUGCAUAUGGCGGCUAUGCACGAAAGAUUGUUGGAAGAAUCUUGAGUAGAAUGCAAUCUCAACAAGGCGGUGCUCAUAUAGAGGAACAUCCAGACCAUCUACUUCAAGCACUUAAUGAAGCUCUUUCUUUAGUUGGAACAGUCAAAUAUUAUGAUUCAUCCCUGCUACUACAAAGAUAGUGUUUUUGUUUUGCUUUGCUUUCUUUUUUCCCCCACAUUUUAAUAUUUUAACACACACUUAAACUUAUAUAGUCUUAUAGUAUGCAGCCUGUUAAUUUUGAA